GAAAUAAACAAAGUGAAAUUACGACGACGAGGGCGAGUAGCACGACUGGUCGUUGGUGACUCCACCGCAUGUGAAGAACUUGCAAAAGAGCCUUCGUUAAAUAUCAAAUAUCCACGGGUGUUUGUGGAGGGUGAANAAAUGCGUGAUGAAUCGGAUGAAGAGCUCCUCUCCGAAGAGGAAACUCCCGAAGCCACCAAUCAAGAGGAACCGAUCCAGCCAUUCAGUCUAUGGCAAUUUAUUUGGCGAGAACUUACGAGUUGUUACUCGCUACAAAAUGACGUGAAUCGGUAUAUGGAAAAGCGGAAAAAGGUUUACGCCUUCAUACAGAUACCGAUCGAGUUGGAGAAAUUCUUGUUUUUUGGGUUUAUGCAGUGUAUUGAAGCUUUUUGUCAUCUUACAACAUUUCUACCCGUUCGGCUUUUUAUUUGUUUAUUUGGAUGGUUAUUGAGAUUACGAAAAUGGACACCGUCGGAUACUUGUGAUUUUUUGAAGGCAGCCAUUGUUAUAUUUGUUUCAUUCCUUAUGCAGAUUGUUGACACAUCAGUUAUGUAUCAUCAGGUACGCGGUCAAGGUGUUAUCAAACUGUAUAUAUUUUACAAUAUGCUCGAGGUGGCUGACAAAUUGUUUAGUAGUCUUGGACAGGAUACACUUGAUGCGCUAUUUUGGACGGCCACUGAGCGGUCGUCGAAUCGUUUCAGAACGUUGACGCAUUUUUUAGCUGCGUCAUUAUACGCUUUGCUGCAUACAUUGCUCGUUCUUUUGCAGGCAACAACGCUAAAUGUGGCGUUCAAUUCACAUAAUCAAGCAUUGCUCGCCAUUAUGAUGUCGAAUAAUUUCGUGGAGCUGAAAGGAUCGGUAUUCAAAAAAUUUGCAAAACCAAAUCUUUUUCAAAUGUCCUGUAGCGAUGUUCGUGAACGUUUCCAUAUUAUGAUUCUGUUGUCAGUGGUGGUUGUUCGGAAUAUGAUGGCUGUCAAUUGGAAGAUGGAUCAUCUCGUUGAAAUGCUACCUGACUUGGCAAUGGUAGUGAUUGCUGAGCUGAUGGUUGACUGGCUGAAGCAUGCGUUCAUCACCAAGUUUAAUGAGAUUCCCUUCGAGGUUUAUCGAGACUUCACUAUAACAAUAGCGUACGAUGUCGUGCAGAGUCGAGAUGCAGAUGCGUUUUCGGAUUACUCGGAUCAAGUGUCACGUCGAAUGGGUUUUAUUCCAAUUCCGCUCACCAUCAUGCUAAUCCGAGUGUUGACACAGUCGCUUUCGCUCACUACCAGAUCGGCUUGUAUCCUUUUCGCAAUGGCGUGGUUCUAUUUGCUAACAAUCAAAAUUCUGAACGGCAUUUUGAUGUUGGGCAGGGCGUGCGAGUGUGUGAACGCAUAUCGAAAUUUGCAAGCGAAAGCUGAAUACGAAAUCUAUCGAAAACGUUUGCUGAUGGCGAAAAGUAAAAGUGUGCCGAACACACCGAGAAUGAGUCUUGUCGAUUUCUCAGAUGUUCUGCAUCAGACGGCCACAACGAAAGGUGGUUUCACAGUAUCGGACUUGAUGUCUCACUGGGAUGAGCUAUGUCGACAGGUUGAGGUGUCCCCUGCUCCCGAGCUGCCCGCACCUCCUCGGCGAACGCAGUCACUCGCUUCUUUCAGUCAUCCACGACGAGACAAUUCCCUGCCGCCACCAGCCAUACCUGAAUGCGAUGAAAAAGACGAGUCGGUACUGGCAUCCGAAGUAAACGAUAUGCCAAAAUCGACACCGAAAAGGCGAACGCGACCGAAUGAAUGUGACGAGAGUUUGUCCGGUGUUCAGGCGUACACGAUGCUGAAUAAUGCUCCGGAGAGUGUCGGCGAAAUUCAGUCUUGA